GGGGCAGUGCGGGGCCGGAGAGGUACCGGAGAGGUACCGGGACCGCGGAGAUGAACUUCGCGGUGGGGCUGAAGCCGCUGCUGGCGGAAGCGCGGAGCAUGGAGAGCUUGGAGAAACAGCUCAUCUGCCCCAUCUGCCUGGAGAUGUUCACCAAACCCGUGGUCAUCCUGCCCUGCCAGCACAACCUCUGCCGCAAGUGCGCCAACGACGUCUUCCAGGCCUCCAACCCGCUGUGGCAGUCGCGGGGUUCCGGCGCGGGGCCGUCCGGGGGGCGGUUCCGGUGCCCGUCGUGCCGCCACGAGGUGGUGCUGGACCGGCACGGGGUGUACGGGCUGCAGCGGAACCUGCUGGUGGAGAACAUCAUCGACAUCUACAAGCAGGAAUCGGCGCGCCCCCUGCACGCCAAGGCGGAGCAGCAGCUGAUGUGCGAGGAGCACGAGGACGAGCGCAUCAACAUCUACUGCCUGCGCUGCGAGGCGCCCACCUGCUCCCUCUGCAAGGUGUUCGGCGCUCACAAGGACUGCGAGGUCGCCCCGCUGCCCGCCGUGUACCAGCGCCAAAAGGUGGGUGACCCCCAGGGGUGGGGGAAUGGGCACGGAGUGGGGGGGUCCCCCAGUGCGACCCCAACGCUGCUCCGCCCCCAGAGCGAGCUGAGCGACGGCAUCGCCAUGCUGGUGGCGGGCAACGACCGCAUCCAGGCCAUCAUCACGCAGAUGGAGGAGAUCUGCCGCACCAUCGAGGAGAACGGCCGCCGGCAGAAGCAGCACGUGGGGCUGCGCUUCGACUCGCUCUGCAGCAUCCUGGAGGAGCGCAAGAAGGAGCUGCUGCAGAGCAUCGCCCGCGAGCAGGAGGCCAAGGUGCAGCGCGUGCGCGGCCUCAUCCGGCAGUACGGGGACCACCUGGAGGCCUCCUCCAAGCUGGUGGAGACGGCCAUCCAGGCCAUGGAGGAGCCCCAGAUGGCCGUGUACCUGCAGCACUCCAAGGAGCUCCUGAAGAAGAUCACAGACAUGUCCAAGGUGUCGAUGAGCAGCCGCCCUGAGCCCGGCUAUGAGAGCAUGGACCACUUCUCCAUCAAUGUGGACCACGUUGCUGAGAUGCUGCGCACCAUCGACUUCCAGCCAGAAGCGCUGGGUGAGGACGAUGGGGACGGACCCACAGACAGCAGUGAGGGUGUGGGGGAUGAGGAGAGCCUGGAGGCACCCGAGGCUGCUGAGGAUGUGGGGCCAAGGCAGAAGCCAUUGAGCUCUCCCCAUGGUCAGCACUGAGCCAGACUCACGGCACAGCAUUGACACCAGCAAACCCUACAGCCCUAUGACUGCUAUGAAGCCCCACACGGCGGGGCUGCCCCCACCCCUCAUUAAACCGAGCGAGAGGA